GGGGAGAGCACUCUGCUAGCUGCUGUGCUGAAAGCAGAGUUCCUUCUGCGCAGCAUUGUGGCUUCGGAGUCCUCUUUUGUUCCAGAUGUGCUGAAUUCCCACGUGUGUGCUCAUCCCCUGGUUGCCUGCUGUUGGUGGGAAGAAGGGGGGGGGGAGAGAGAAACCCCCUCUCCGCUGGAGCCGUGGAGGGGUUAAAACCGCAAGUGUUUUCCUGUCAUGAGAUGAAGGUUUUGUGCCCCAGAGCUGUGGAAGGCAGCCUGAUCCAGCUGCCUUCGGUUGUCAGCCGGUCUGCGAAGUCUGUGGCAUUUAGUUUAGCAGAAGAAAAAGAGGAUAUUCCUGGGCUGUUCUGGUCCCCAACACUAAUUGCUGAGCAAGAGCUGCUAAAUGAUUCAGCUCCAUUGGCAACUGGAGUUUGACAGCAUCACUCGUGGGACCCGUCCUCUGAAAUCGUCAUCUUCCUUCCAGCACGGACAGGAAAGCUACAGAUUGAGAGGCUGCUGACUUCAUUAUGGAAGAACACAACGGUUCUGCAGAAAGCUCCCUGCUGAGCCCAGGACGGCACGUUGCCAUUAAGUGUGGGUGGCUGAGGAAGCAAGGAGGUUUCGUGAAGACUUGGCAUACUCGCUGGUUCGUACUCAAAGGGGAGCAGCUAUAUUAUUUCAAAGAUGAAGAUGAAGCCAAACCUUUGGGUACCAUAUUCUUACCGGGAAAUCGUGUGAUUGAACAUCCUUCCAGCGAUGAAAACCCAGGAAAGUUCCUUUUCGAAGUGAUUCCAGGAGGAGACAGAGAACGGAUGACAUCCAAUCAUGAGACUUACCUCCUUAUGGCCAGCACGCAGAAUGACAUGGAGGAUUGGGUGAGGUCCAUCCGCAGGGUCAUAUGGGCACCAUUUGGAGGAGGAAUAUUUGGGCAGAAGCUGGAAGACACCGUUCGUUAUGAGAAACGAUAUGGAAACCAUUUGGCUCCCUUGCUGGUAGAACAGUGUGUGGAUUUUAUUCGUCUGCGGGGGUUGAAGGAGGAAGGACUUUUCCGAUUGCCGGGCCAGGCUAACCUCGUCAAAGAGUUACAGGAUGCCUUUGAUUGUGGAGAGAAGCCACUGUUUGACAGGAAUACAGAUGUCCACACAGUGGCCUCACUGUUGAAACUCUACCUCAGGGAGUUGCCGGAGCCGGUUAUCCCAUAUUCCAAAUAUGAAGAGUUUCUCUCCUGUGCCAAAAUGCUCAGCAAAGAAAAGGAAACGGGGCUGAAUGAAUUAGUGAAGCAGGUGAAGAAUUUGCCGCUUGUCAACUUUAAUCUACUCAAGUACAUUUGCAGAUUCCUGGAUGAAGUUCAGUCCUAUUCUGGAGUCAACAAAAUGAGUGUGCAAAAUCUGGCGACCGUGUUUGGCCCCAACAUCCUCCGUCCCAAAGUAGAAGAUCCUCUGACAAUCAUGGAAGGUACUGUGGUGGUCCAGCAAUUAAUGUCCAUGAUGAUAAGCGAACAUGAGCUGUUGUUUCCCAAAGAUGCAGAGUCUCAAAGCGGACAGGAGGUUUGCAAUAACAACAACGAGGUCCAAAAGAAAGUGAUCAUUGGUCAGCUCCAGAACAGAGAGAAUAAUAAUACCAAGGAGUCAUCCCCUGUCCGGCGAUGUUCAUGGGACAAACCUGAGUCUCCUCAAAGAACCAUGGUGGACAAUGGAUCUCCUACAGCUCAGCCCGGAAGCAAAUCAAACAGUCCAAGGAACAGCAUUCACAAACUGGACAUGACCAGGAGUCCACCCCUUACGGUGAAAAAAAACCCGGCAUUUAAUAAAGGUAGCGGCAUAGUCACCAACGGGUCCUUCAGCAGUUCUGUGGAGAGCCAGGAGAAAACAUCGCCAUCUCUACCCAACGGUACCUUGCAGACCAGAAGAACAUCUUCUCUGAAAGGGCCAGUAACCAAAAUGGGCACGCACAGCAUGCCGAACGGAGGGGUACGAAUGGGUAUCUCCAGCACCGAUGCCCACAGCAACUCUUUGAACAGCCGUUGCCAGAGCUGGAUGCCUAAUGGGUAUGUGACCUUGAGAGACAACAAGCAAAAGGAGCCUAUGAGUGACUCAGGCCAGCACAACAGACUUUCCACUUACGACAAUGUGCACCAACAGUUCUCAGCAGUGAAUACCGAAGAUAAGCAGAGCGUGGACAGUGCGACUUGGUCCACGUCCUCAUGCGAAAUAUCCCUCCCCGAACAUUCCAACUCCUGCCGCUCAUCCACCACCACGUGUCCUGAGCAAGACUUUUACGGGAGCAAUUUUGAAGACCCGGUUUUAGACGAGCCCCAACCAGACAAUCUCCUGAACCCGGCCGAGUGUGAGAGCAAAGUUGAUCGGAGAAGCGUGGGGGGCCGAAGCAGCAGAGCUACGAGCAGCAGUGACAACAGUGAAACAUUUGUGAACAACACAGGCAAUCACAGUGCUUUGCACAGCCUGGUUUCCAGCUUAAAGCAGGAAAUGACGAAACAAAAGCUGGAGUACGAAACAAGGAUAAAAAGCCUUGAACAGCGGAAUCUCUCUCUGGAGACUGAAAUGAUGAACCUCCACGACGAACUGGAUCAAGAGAAGAAGAAGUUUACCAUGGUUGAGAUCAAAAUGCGCAAUGCCGAGCGGGCCAAAGAUGACGCGGAGAAACGGAACGACAUGUUGCAGAAGGAGAUGGAACAGUUUUUCUCAACGUUUGGGGAACUGACGGUUGAGCCGCGGAGGACAGACCGAGGGAACACCAUAUGGAUCCAGUGAGGGCUGUUCCUGCCGAGCAGCAAAGACUGUGGGAUUCUGGGAAGAGGAUAGUGUGGUAUUUUAUUGCAUUGUUCCUCAACCUUGGUGACUUAAAGGUGCACGGCCUUCAACUCCCAGAAUUCUGGGAGUUGACGGCCGCGCAGCUUCAAGUUGCCAAGGUUGAGAAACACUGUUUUAUUGUAACAGGUGACUGGUCACCUGACUGAGGCUAGCACUCAAUGUAAUGUUAUGAGACCUCCACUCUUCAUGACUGCAUCAACCCAACCAUUCGUCUGCAAGUUGUUUCUCAAUUGAGAAAUCCUUGCUCCUCAAUCCAUCAUCAUGCUACUGUUAAGUGUUACUGCAGGCUUUUGGCAUAUAGAUUUUAAAUAGGUUAUGUGGGACGGGAAGGGGGGGUUGCGCGUACGAUAGAAAGAGGCAAAAGAUUAUUUUAAUGCAAGUCUUAUAUUUAAACUGUCAAAUGUUAAACUUCAUGGCAAUCCAGCUUUUUCUCCCUUGCACUUAACAUAGUAAGCUAUUUUUGGGCCUUGUGUUAUAAUCAGCUAAUUUUGUAUAUUAUUUUCCCCUUCUUCGGUUGCCCUGUCACUGCAGAAUUAAUUAUAUAUAUAAUAUAUAUAUAUAUAUAAUAUAUAUGUAUAUUUAUACACACACACCGUCACACAACGAGUCUGUGUCUUUGCGUGUGUAUAUAUAUAAAAUGUUAGCUAUUAAAACAAGCAAAACAAAAAAAAAUGGUAUUGUGUGAUUGUGCUGUUUAUGCCAAUUGAGUUGCCCAUGACCAAAAAGAAAAAGAAAAAAAAAUCCCAGAAAGCGGGGAAAAAAACCUGUAAAUAAUUUUAUAAAUAUAGAA